CAUAUGCAGUUAGGGGAAGCGCAGAAAGCAGCACAAACACUAGUUCACCUUUUACUGUCGGUGUUGUGCUCCAUGUAUACGGUGAUCCUACAGGUGUCAUGGCUACUAACAACACCACCCUCAACUCUCCCAAUCGGAGCAACUGUGAUGUGUUUGUUUACCAACAAGCCGCAGUAGUCCUCUUCCCCAGCUUCUACUCUCUGGUGUUUAUCAUCAGCGUUUGUGGCAACUCUCUGAUCCUCUUGGUGAUCUGCCAGAAACGACAAAAGUUCAAUUCCACCGCUGUCUACCUGCUCAACCUGGCCUUGUCGGACAGCCUCUUCACUCUGACACUGCCGGGUAGGAUUGUUUACUACAUCCUGCACUUCGACUGGCCCUUUGGAGAUCUUCUCUGCAGGAUGAGCACACUUAUAUUCUUCGCAAACACUUAUGCAGGUAUUGGCUUCAUGACCUGCAUCAGUCUGGACCGCUACCUAGCUGUGGUGCACCCUCAGCGGCUGCGCUGUCUGCGGCAGGUCAGGGUGGUGCGCUGGAUCUGCUGUUCGGUUUGGGCUCUAGUGUCUGCGCAGGUAGCUCCUCUGCUGUUCCGCAACAUGCUGCAGCAGCAUCAAAGUAGGCGGACCUGUAUGGAGUACUUCAAUGUGGACGGUUACCGCUGGACACCACACUUCCUACUUCUGGCCUGUGUUGUCUCCUUCUGCAUCCCACUGUUUGCCAUCCUGGGCUCCUACACUAGGAUCCAUUUGAAGCUGCGGGCGGCUGGGCGCAACUUCGUGGGCCCAUCGAGGAAGAACCACAGAGCCAACGCUAUCAUCCUUCUCAUUCUCCUGACAUUUAUCGUGUGCUUCAGCCCUUACCACCUCAAUGUGAUGCAGUUCAUGUGCAGGAAAAUACACCAUGAGGUCACCUGUGAGGAACUGAGGGCAUUCAAGGUCUCCUCACAGAUUACGGUCUCCCUCAUGAAUUUCAACUGCUGUCUGGAUCCAGUCAUCUACUUCUUUGCCAUUAAGACCUACAAGAAGCGAGUGAUGGGUCUGUUUAGGGAGCGCUUGUGCACUUCCACGAUUGCCGCAUCCACGACAAUUGAGAACAGCAGCAGCAACAGCUAAGACAGCACAACUUAGGGCAUUUCAUUUCAUUUCACUUUUUGUUGUUUUUUUCCAAUUUCUUCAAGAUUAGAGCCUUGC